AUGACCUUGAAAGAAGAAAAAAUAUUGCAACGACGCUUGAAAAUUCGCGAGACAACUACUAAUCGCCUUCUUGCAAAUACAAAUCAUAUCAAUCGCACUGGAACAAUAUCUCAUAUGGAUGAUGAUGUUAAUAUUGGAGUGUCUUGUUCUUCUUCAGAAACAGUUACUCGGUGUCGAGCUUUUUCGCCAUGCGAUGUCUUUGACAAGGAAAAUGAUAUGACCCAGCCUUUUCAUAUUUUUGAAAAAGGUUCAACAUCGGGUACCGCAAAUGGUUCAUGCGCUCCAACCUUUGAAACAGUUACAACUAAAGGCCGUGUAAAGAAUAAGAGAACUACGAUAAACAUUAACCAACUACGCUCUGAUUAUAUUCCGUUAAAAAGAUCCCAAGUUGCUUGUUCUGCUAUGCUAGAAAAUUUGAAUAUGAACCCCCUGGAUUUUGUUGUGGCAAUGAACUUACAAAACUUCCACAUAGCAUUGAAAAUUGAUGCUGGAUUAGAUCAACGUGUAUAUAAUCUGCCUACUACUACUGAAAUUGCAGCAAUAUGGGUUGAUGAAAAUGAUAGUUCUGCUACUCGAAGAUUACUCCAGCAAUAUUCAGUUGAUGAAUAUAUAAAAUUGGAGACACAAAGAUUAGACUUUGUUUCAUUCAAUCAAGAUUUAUUCAGAAUGGGUAUACUGCAAGGACUUCUUGAUAUUCUAAGACUGGGUGAACGAGAUGCUUCUAAUGUUGGAAAACAAACUUCUCUGCCAAAUUCUUUUAUAGGAGGUCCUAGAGAUAUGCGUCAACGUUAUAUGGAUGCUAUUGCAUUAGUGCAACGUUUCGGGAAACCUGAUUUGGCUAAAAUAGAAGAACUGAAGACGGAUAUAUUGAAACAAAAUAUCUUUGGAAAAGUUAUUGCUUUUAUGUACACCGUGGAGUUUCAGAAACGAGGUUUACCCCAUGCUCAAUUUCUUAUUAUACUAGGUAAUGAGCAUAAAUUGUUGACAACAGAGGCGUAUGAUGAUAUAAUCAGAGCAGAAUUACCAGAUGAUAAGGCAGAACCAGAUUUGCGUUACUGCAAGUUCAAAUAUCCAAAAAUGUUUGCCGAUCAAACAUCGAAAGGAAAUGAUUCUUAUCCAGUUUACAGAAGACGAAAUACAGGAGAAGUUGUGAAAGUAAGAGAACAAUAUUUAGAUAACUCCUGGGUUAUUCCGUACAAUCCUUAUUUACUUGAAAAAUUCAAUUGUCAUAUAAAUGUUGAAGUGUGCUCCGACAUCAAAGUCGUGAAAUAUCUUUACAAAUACAUUUGUAAAGGACAUGACAAAAUUGCGUUCUGUGUACAAAAUAACGAUACAAACAUAGAGAUAGAUGAGGUAAAGGAAUACAGAUCUGCUAGAUGGGUAUCACCUCCAGAAGCCGUAUGGCGUCUCUUUGGUUUUCCUAUAAGCGAAAUGUCUCCCAGUGUUUAUCGUCUUCAACUACAUCUUGAAGGUCAACAAUUUGUUUCUUUUAAGAGCAACACACAUAUACAUACAAUUGUGAAUAAUCCGAUGAUCCAAAAAACAAUGUUAACUGAAUUCUUCUACAUGAAUGAUACCGACGAAGAUGCUAAAGAGCUCAACUUAUUGUACAAAGAAUUCCCUGAAUACUUCGUGUGGUCCUCCAGUGACAAAUUUUGGGCACGUAGACAAAAACGUUGUGCUGUUGGCCGUAUUGUGACAUGUCAUCCAACAGAAGGAGAACGAUAUUAUCUUAGAUUAUUACUAAUGCAUGUGCGAGGACCGACGUCAUAUAAGGAUCUUUUGGCAGUAAAUGGAGAGCCUUGUAGUACUUUCAGAGAGUCCGUAGAAAAAAGAGGAUUAUUGCACUGUGAUAAUAGCUUGAUAGAGUGUAUGUCUGAGGCCGCAAGUUACCAAAUUUCAUAUAGUUUACGACGUUUAUUUGCUACGUUACUGGUGUAUUGUGGUCCUGCCAACCCUAGAAAAUUAUGGGAACAAUUUGAAGAAUCGAUGAUUGAAGACUAUAAAGUGUUACAAACUAUUGAAAGAAGAGAAAUUCGAUAUCACGCUCUGAACCAUAUCAAUGACAUUUUAUAUUCCAUGGGUCAUGAUGUAAAUGAGUAUGAACUUAUCUCAGAAACUAUCAGGCCUUCUACGGCAGCAAAAGAGGCAAAAGAGAUUUAUUUUGAAAGAUCUAUUAUUGUUAGCGAAGAUGACGUAUUGUUGCAUAGGAAAUUAAACAAAAAUCAAUUGAUUGCAUAUAAUGUGAUUACUGAAAGGAUAUUUUCAAAUAUACCAGGUGCAUUUUUCGUAGAUGGUCCUGGAGGAACAGAGAAAACUUUUUUGUACCGUGCUUUAUUAGCAAUUGUACGAUCCAUGGGAUAUAUAGCUUUGGCAAUAGCCACUUCUAGUGUUGCUGCUUUUAUUCUCCCGGGAGGACGUACUGCACAUUCACGUUUCAAAAUUCCUAUUGACAUCGAUGAAAAUGCCAGUUGUAACAUUAGCAAAGAAAGCGCACUUGCAGGUUUAAUCCGAGAUGCAAAAUUGAUUAUAUGGGAUGAGGUAUCUAUGGCCAAAAAAAGAAUGAUGGAGGUUUUUGAUCUACUCUUAAAAGAUCUGAUGGAUACAAAUGCAUUAUUUGGCGGAAAAGUUGUUGUUUUAGGAGGUGACUUCAGACAAAAUCUUCCUGUUGUGCUCUACGGAAAAAAAAGAAGAUUUCAUCAACGAAAGUUUAUUAUAUUCUAG